AUGCCCCUACUUCGCUUUCCAGCUCUUCAUUCUCGCGAUCCUAUAAGUUUCUACGGCUUAGAAGCCAUCGACGAGCACACGUAUGCCGAUAUAACUCUCACCGACGUGAAGUCUAUACACGAGGGCAAACGGUUGUCGGUGGUAUAUCGCGCCACCGCUCAUGCUACAUCUCCAGAGCUGGCGUCACAAGAUGUCGUUUGCAAGGUCGCCUACGGCCGUCGAUCCAGGGACAGCUUGCACCACGAAGCCAGAAUAUAUGACAAGCUUCGCGCUCUACAGGGUCGAGUAAUUCCUCGGUGCUUAGGCUUGUACGAAGGUGAACUGGAAGACGGACUUGCGGCCUGCUUACUCCUGGAAUACUGUGGGGCGGAACUCGUCAAAAUUUUGUGCUUUAGGGCCAGGGAACGUCAAGUGCUCGAUUCCCUACAGGAGAUACACCGCCAUGGCGUCCAACACAACGACGUCCGCGAAUGUAACAUCGUCGUAAGCGAGGGCGGACGGCCUAUCAUUAUCGAUUUCGACGUCGCGCAAGAGCACGACUGCAAGCUCCAGAUGGAUAUCAAAUUCGACCAAGUGAAACCCGACGUCUACGAGUUCGGCUGCCACGAGCUGCACAGGGCAGCCGUGUCGGCCGAUGCAUGGCUUCCUAGGGUCAUCCCGUACCUGUGGUAUCACGUUCCUAUCGAGUUUGCAGAGUCGCCAGAAUUACUCGCUACGCAGGCACCCAAGGACAUGCCGCCGGACGAUGCACUCAAGCAAGCGCAAGCGUAUCAUGCCAUGUUUCUCGAAGCACUUCGGAAGAGGGAGCGAGGCGAGCCGUACUGCUGGCGUGAUGACCGCAUGGUAGUAUAA